UAACUACUUCGCAAUCAGCGCCAGCGGCGGCCUUGGCACCGAUGGUGCUUGCGCGCGGGCUUCGCACGCUUAGUGUGAACACCGCGCUACGCAGUGCACUCGUCGUCUUACUCCGCGAAGCUUGAGUGCAAUCGCUUCGAUUAUCGUCUUGUACAUCGAUUUGCUAGGGGAGGUGUCACUGUCUACUGUGGAGAUCAGCCAUGGCACCCGGUGUGCAGCAUUACGUUUUAGUAACGAUCGUACUCAUCGCUAUUAUAUCGCCAUGCCUCAGUAUCCAGCCAUCAUCAGCAGAUGAAAUCAUCGAAAAAGAUCGUAAUGCCAGACAAUCUGCUAUAAGAGCAGGCAGACACGUUGCCGGGGCUCCAAAAAGAGGAUUUUUUGGAACAAUUUUUCAUGUCAUUUUAGAGCAAAUCAACGAUACCAAAAGCGCAUACAAUCAAAUAUCUGAUUUAGUCAACAAUCAAUUUGCGGAUGACAAUGCAGUGACAACAACCCCAGAUCCUUCAAAUAAUGGCACCACUGAGUCACCGAAAAUUACGAGAGCAGAGUUCCUAAAAAUAUUAGAUCGUAAUCUUAAAGGACUGAGUCGCCUUCGGAACUUAGAAUGGCGAGAAGCCAAGAAGGAUUCUGCAGCAAAUAUCAGAAUGUACAAGGACGAAAUAUUUAGAGGGAAGAAAGCGAGAAGCACAAGAUAACAUCCAAUCGGAAUGUAGAUAUAAGACUAACUUUAUACUUUAAGCGCCUGUUUCACCACCCACAUUUACCUAAGUACCUACGCGAUCAACUUAAUAGUUCACACAAAUUACAUUCUUAUUUAUAAUUUAUUUUAUGUUGCAUACGGCUAUCGAGACAUUGUGAAACAGGCCAUAAAGUAGAAAUGAUAAAACGGUGAAGGUACUUUUGACAACGACUACCCCUUGAGAAGCAUACAAAAUGCGUUUAUGGGAAAGUCGAUAAAAAAGUCACUCAAUAUUAUUAUUUGACAUGAGAAAUAUAAUAGAUAGUCUUUUGACGAUGAUUGUACUUAAACGAUCUUUCAUAAUUGUAACAGUAUUGCCAAUUACUAGACCCAAAAAUAAUUAUAAAUGUCAAAUUGUGGCUAAAUAGAUAAAAAACUGUCAUGUUGAUUUAUUUAUUUAUUAUUGUAUUUAACGAUAACAAUAAUUAAACUAUAUUCUCAUUUAAACUACAGAA